UCCCCAGCAAGUGAAAUGUCAACAUUGAUAUGUCAAAUUUUGAAUGAUUGAUAAUAGUCUUUUAAAUCGAUUUUCAAAUUUAUAACAAUCAUAACCAAGUGAUAAAUAAUGUAAAUAUAACGAAGACGUACCACAUAAGAAAACAAUGACGACUGCACAAGAUGUCUUUGAAUUAAAAUGUAUUUUAAAAAACAUAAAAAUAAGGCUGUGUUGUCGAAUUGAAAGUGGAGUGAAACAACUUCUGGCUCUAAUCACAAACGAUGACGAAGUCGUGCUGCACUACACAUAUGGAGAAUUACCACCAGUAGUGAAGAGAGUUCCUUGGCUCACCGACUCCAGUAAAGUAAUUCAGGCAAUUUGUUUUGACCCUACAGCGACAUGGCUCUUAGUUGUUUCAAUCGAUGGUUCACUGUACAUAAUCCCAGCACUAAGCUUAACUGACAAAAAGCAAAGAAUAGACUGCAAAUGGUCUCUCAACGAUCUUACUCAUUUCCCCAAACAUUCUCAAACCCCUGACUCAAAACCCACGUGUAUCGUGUGGUGGCAAACACUGGACUGCAAUCAGAAUGCUUUAGUAGGCUAUGAAAGUGGGGCAAUAGCUUUGGUUAGUUUGACUGAUGGGAGAUGUUUGGGGUGUUGUGCAAUUUCAGAGGCUGUGACACGACUGUCUUUAUGUCAGGACAACACCCUAGACUCGGUUUCACUUCUGAUAAAUGGGGAUAGUGGGCAACAGUGGCGCCUAGUGCUUGAACAAAACUCAGUAGGUGUGUUAUGGCCCCCGGAAUCCGCCAGUCACUCAGAUGACUUAACGCGGUCAAGACUGCACAAUUUGAAGCAAAUGGGGGUUGAUAAGCUGGCAUCGCUUAAGCAGAGGUUGGUUGAGGCAAGAAGCGGUCGUCGAGACAGUCAGAGUGACACAGCGAGUGAAUCAUCGCACUCAGAAUCCACACCAUCAGGUCCUGAAUUGUUGCCUUGUCUUUGUGAUACAAUAUUUGCACCUCAGUAUGCUAGAAAUCGUUAUUUAUUUUCGGCGUUUUAUAAACCUACGAGUUUGUUGACUGUGCAUGCAGUUGACGUGGAGUCAGCGCCUUUAUUUGUACAUAAAUUGAUGAUGGGUACAAAUUCUUUGUUGUUGACGGAUAAAUUGAUUUAUACUGUUAAUGAUGACGGGGACGUGAUUUCUGUCAUUAGUACGCAACUAUCGGAGUGUAGGAUGGAAGGGGAUGCGAAAUUUAAUUCGGAGGCUUUGGUGGCGCAGUUUUCGGUUGGAAGGGAGAAGGUUUUGAAUAUUUAUAAGUUGAUGGAUUUGACGGGUGGUAGGACGAGGAAGAGUAAGGAGGAUCAAAGGAGGGAAAAGCAUUUUGAGAUGCCAAAGACGAUGGAGGAUUUGAGUAUAAGGAAACCAAGGAUUGAUACAUGUGUUGUUGUUACAAAUUCGUCUGUUUACAAGCUGGUAGUUCGCUGUUCACCCAUAUACAAAUUUGUUCACUUCGUCACCGUCGAAAACGACCUGGAAAAAGCAGAAAAGCUCUCUUUCAUAUUCGGCUUGAACCUCCAACAACUCCUCGAAGCUUGCGGAGACCUCAUGAUCUCAAAAGGCUCGUUCCACUCCGGCAUCAUUCUAUACAAACAAGCAAAAGUCCACCUCUUGAAACGCGUCCUCAAGCUUGCCAUUUCAGCAGACUGCCGAACUCUGCUCAAAUUCGUACACCUUUGUUUAAGUGCAAGCCGCGUCGACAUGUCCAUAGCCACCAAAAUCCACAUCGGAAACCUAGCAGUCAUGGCUUACACGGAAUUGAUUCUGAGACAUGGGGGCCACGCCAGAAUUUCCAACACCAAAGACUUCAUGAAUUUCUUGCGUUACGAAGAAUUCUUUGAUCAAAUUUUAGCCGUAAAUGUUGCUUGUCAAGCCGGGCAUUGGAAUAUCGUGACUUUGUUGGCCAAAUGUCGCGGUUUGCAGCCCGAGGUGGUUUCAGCGUUUGGACAAAUCUUGCAGAGUGCUAGAGCACCUAGAGCUAACGAUAGAGAGUUUUUGUUUGCGCUUUCGGAGCCAAGUUUGACUCAGAGUCUCGUUAUUUUCCCGCAAAGUAGCAGGGAGAUUUUUAAUUUUGUUCGUACCAAUGUGGAUGCUUUUCCUGUGGAUGUUCUGCAAAGAUUUGCCGUGCAGUUGGAUCCGAGUCAACCGUGUGUCAUACCUCUAGUCAGUAGGAUUUUUUCGACUAACAAGUAUUCGACGAGUUUGGAUACGACUAUAGAGUCGGUGGAUGUGGAGAAUCCGGAUCGAACUAUUAUUGCUGUGAAGGAUUUAAUCGAGACGUUUUUAAUUGUGAUGGUUAAGUUGGUGGCGAAAACAGAUAAAGAUGGGUACAACAUCGAGCUUUUAGACGAAAUACAGCCCCCGGACCCCCCCGUGGACGAACCCAUCAUGAAAAAACUCCCCCAUUUACACCCCCUCAGUUGUGGCUACGAACACGCAGCGGUUGUUCGAAACUCGUGUCUGUACACCAUGGGAGUUUCCAGCUCAGGUUGUUUAGGUUUAGGUCCGCUCCUCAGUCAAAGCAGCCCCCCAAAACUAGUCCAAACUUUAUUCGACCUUAAAGUCAAAGUUCUGAGUGUUAGUUGUGGUCGAAAACACACCCUCGCUUUAACAGACUUUGGGGUUUACGCAUGGGGGUCUAAUACGUAUGGCCAACUGGGUCUGGGUCCUUUCAUUCAAGAAAGCCCCUACCCUCAAGUGAUAACAGCCCUCUCUUUUAAGAAAGUGGUAGAAAUAGUGGCUGGUCAGUAUCACAGUUUAGCGGUGACGUCAAGCGGGCAGGUGUACACAUGGGGGUGGGGAAUACACGGACAACUCGGGCAUGCCAACUGUGAUAAUUUUUAUUACCCAAAGUUGCUACAAUUUAAAUACCCAGUUGUACAAGUGGCUGCAGGGCAUGCGCACAGUUUGAUUUUAAGCGAAGACGGAAAGCUGUAUGGGUUUGGAUCAAAUGUUUUUGGACAGUUGGAGAGCUGUCACUUGGACUCGAAUAAAUCCACCAGUCCGAUUCUGGUUUUACUAAUGCCGGAUAUUUAUACCCCUAUUGAGAAAAUUUCAACUGGAUAUUUUCACAAUAUUGCAAUUCGUGUCGACCAAGAAGUUUACACUUGGGGCGCCAGCCCACAGGAAGUUCGCAUUUUGCAGUCGAAAAAUUUACAAAAACAGAACGGGUUGUCGUUGAAGGCACCGGAUUCGUGGAAAGCGAGUGUCCAUGUGUAUUCUAGUGGUAAUAAAAUACCGAUCGAACAAGUGGCUGUGGGUUAUCGUCAUUCUGUUAUACUUCACAACGGGAAAAUUUUGUGGGGGAAGAGUAAAGAUGAUGAACUGAGCCCCCCUAAACUGAAGGAUAAAGAUAAUAUUAGUUUUUACACGCACAAGUUUAUACAUGUUGCUUGUGGGUUGGACUAUACUAUGGCGAUUGACCAAAGUGGGAAGCUUCUAGCUUGGGGAAGUCCUUCUAUGGCACAAACUAUCCUUGGGCGUCCUCUAGACGAAGACAGUAAAUCCUCCAACGAAGGUAAGGUAAUAAUAUUCAAAAACACACACCGAAUCAUCAAGUUCCCCAACAACUUCGACGGAAACGCCGACAACUUUCCCGUGGAAGUCCCAGGGCUACCUUCCAUGGCGAUCACCUUCAACCCCACCGACCACCGAAUCUUAUUCGCCAAAAAAUACGUAUCAUACGCAAUUUUGCAAAUCGAGAACGAAACUGACUUAGAUCAGUCGUUAAAACCCCUCACUAAAAACACAUCGCCGUUAAAUUUCAUCCAAAACAUUCCCAAGUUUAAGCUCGGUCAAAAAACACUGCACUACGCUUUGGAAACCUAUCACGGCUUAUACGACACCGAAAACGUUUUAUCCAAGUGUUUAGACGUGAAUAAUUACCAAGCCGCCAGUAAAAUCGCGAUUCUGGAUGGCCAUUUCGGGGACAGUUUAGGUUUUCAGUUGACCGCUUUUAAAAAAUACAUGGAUACGUGCAAUUUAGAUUUAGAUUCGAUUUUCGUUAACAAGGAGAUGUUCGAUAACAUAAAAGAGAAAGAGCAGAAUUUUGUCGAUUUUGUUGUUAAAAAUAUCCAGGAGGAUUACGGGGAGAAGACUUACAUUCAUUCGCCGGCGCAUAUUUUGAGCUCGAGUUCGUCUCUUGAUAGUAUAAGACAGUGGGGCGACGACGUGGAACACCAAGGGGGCUGCGAAAGCCCCUGCGAAAUAUCGGAUAUAGGCGACGUUCGACAAAGCGUAACCCAUUACGUGCAGUCGUUGAAAAGCAACGAUAAUUCGCCGCCGAUUUCCAGCGUUUCUAAGCGGGUUUCUGACGCGGAGUUGAUUACAAAGAAACCACAAAGCGAAGAAGAAUACAUCGAUUUGGAAAUCAAAGACGAGAGAACUCGGGAUGUGAUCGACCACGCGUCGAAAUUGAUAGAGUUUUACAUUAAGAAAAUUUACCUUUCUGAAAAUCACAUUUUAAUGCAGAACGUUCUGAUGAAAUGUAUCGAUUUUUGGUUGAGUAAUAAUUUACCAGUUCCUAUUUUAGAAAACGUGCUUUUAAAAAACAUGGAUAAAUAUUUCUAUCCUUUAUCGAUUUUAUUGUUUUGUAAAAAUUUCAACAGCGGGAGCGACGACGACAUUAUCAAAGAUAAACGAGACUCGGCUGGGUUUUUAAAGGAGUUUUCAACCAAAUUUUGCCUUCACUUGUGUUCGAUGGUGUUAGAAAAUGUCAAUAAGACGUAAAUAGUGCUUUCCAGAUUGAGUGUUUUCAGUUUUGGUUUUCUAAAGACAACGUAUCCAAAUGCUCGGGGAGCACCGAGCUCUAAGCUUGAAUUUAUCGGAUCUUACUGUACUAGUCCUCAUUAGAUCUCAUUUGAUGUGUAGUCAUUAUUUUUAGUUGUCUUCCAGUUUUUAGCUUAGGACUCAUUAUUAGACCGCCAGUUCAAAAAUUGCAGGAAUUCGGCAGAAUUUUUCAUCAUGAAAACGAUUUACAUCUUUGUGAUAAAUUGUCAGCGACAGCUGAAGCACAAUUUUACAUGCAGCACAUUUUAGUUUUUAGAAAUGAUUUUACGUGUUUAUGGCUGAAAAUGGAUAUAAAUCUCUAGUACAUAUGUAGUAGCCCUUCAAGUGUUGUAUUUUCAAUAAUUAUUAAAAAAAAUAAUAAAGAAGUAUAAUUUAA